AUGCGACUGACCUUCGCCAUUGCAUGGGCUGACGUUGCCGUCUCCGUCUCCGGCACUCCCGAUGAAGGGUUGGGGGUUCUGCUGGCUGCAGCGCGGGCGCUGAAGGACGCGCGGACGGAGACACGAACGCGAAUACUCAAGCGCGGCAUGCCUUGGAACCUUGGGGUGUGCGAGCCGCGCUGUAUCGAAGGGGAUGGGUUGUGGGACGACUGUCUCAUCGCAGUCAACUUUACGAAAUGUCUCCAGCAUUGCUAUAAGUGGAGCGAACUGGCCGAUUGCUUCCAUUGUAACCAGGAGGUGCUGAAGAAGGACUAUCGGGUGUACGAGUACCAACUGGGCGAGAUGUGUGUCAAGUUUCUCAGGAACCCGACGGCCGACAGCUCUUGGCUCGGCGGUGUCGGAAACGAUACUAACUUGUUCACAUUCGGGGCUGCUCCAGCACCAACUUCUCAGAAGACGACGGGGCCACCAAAGAAGACUAUCUCGGCCACCAAAGUAUCGUGA